CCCGCCCGCCACACCUUCCGGAGCCUUGGCUUGGCUGCCCCGUGUGAAAUGCGCCCCGCGUUGGGGGGCGGGACGCAGAGCUGGCAGGUGCCCCGGAGGCCUCCCCCUGCGGUGCUCUUCAGAAGGGAGGAACCCUCCUGCCGGCGUGGGAGGACCCUGGGAGGGGACACGGCUGGUGGCAAGCAGCUGGGGUGCAGCUGGCAGUGGGCGCCUCCCUCCCCGUGGGCCAUGGCAGGGAUGUGCCCGCUGCUUCUCCUGGCCCUCGGGUGUGCAGCUCUGCCCACAGGCCCUGUCUACUUCCCUCCUUCUCCAGAGGUGACCACUGUCCCAAGGCCACCAGCACAAGGUGCGGGUGCCGCGCCCUUCCCCUCUCUGGCCCCGCCGGUGACGCUGCUGGUGGACGGGAAGUGGCGCACCAUGGUGGUCUGCCUGGUCCUCGACGUCGCACCCCCUGGUCUGGACAGCCCCGUCUGGUUCUCCGCUGGCAACGGCAGCGCCCUGGACGCCUUUACCUAUGGCCCAGCCCCUGCCACCGAUGGCACCUGGAGCAGCCUGGCCCAGCUGUCCCUGCCCGCCGAGGACUGGGCCGCCUGGGAGCCCCUGGUCUGCCACACGGAGCCGGGGCCCGGGGGCCCUCGCCGGAGCACGCAGCCCCUGCAGCUGUCAGGAGCAGCCUCUGCCGCCAGGACCUGCUAUGGGGAGCCUCUCGGAGGCUCCCAGGCCCAGGGCCUGUGGCUGGGGGCCCUGAGACUGCUGCUGUUCAAGCUGCUGCUUCUUGAUGUGUUCCUGACCUGUACCUGCCUGCCUCGGCCUCCCGCACCCACCGCCAGCUACCACCCCAGUGCCUAGCCGCAGUGCCUGAGGGACAGCUAAAAGAGCACCUGCCAUUCAGGGGAUCAAACUCAGGACCUUGUGCUUUCGAGGCAGGUGGCAGAACCACUGAGCUAAAUCCCCGGCACCUCUGAGCAUUUUUUUAUGUGUGACCUGCCUCCUCCAAUCAGGUAGGUUGACUAGGUUUCCUGGGGCAGGGCUCUGCCUCCACCCUCAGACAGAGGGCUUUGGGCAAAUGAAGGCUGUGUCUCCUCUUCACAUUAAGAGCCCUGGUCAGCAUGGAUCUGCCCAGACCCUGGACAUUGCAGGGGCAGAGAACUGAGCACAAUUAAAGAACUUAAAUGACACAAGAAAA